AUGGCGGCGCCUGAUAUUGGCCAUUCUCAAGGACCAGUAUCUCUUGAUGCCAGUCUUGCACUCGAAGAUUCACAUCUGCCAGCCGAUGCAAAGCCAGGUCACCUCCCACAACAAGUACAAGAUAUUGAGCAUCUCUACCUCGGCUUUAAAACCACACUCCCAGCGCCGGCUGGACUGACAGAACCCAAGCCCGGAGCCGCUACGCUACCACAAUGCCCCGAUUUGAAGAAAUAUAUCUCUCCUUUCCUUUGGUCGAGUGCACGCAAGUCAGUGAUUACAUGGCUAGCAUGUUGUGUUACCCUGUUGGCUGGUUAUUCGGCUGGUCAAAUCACACCAACCGCAACGCAGCUGCUUCCUGUCUGGAAUGUCAGUAAUGUUGCCUUCAAUACUGGUAUUACAGUCUUCUGCGUCGGGUUUGCCAUUGCCCCCAUGGUUCUGGCUCCCUUUUCUGAGAUCAACGGUCGGCGGCCUGUGUUUAUUGCCAGUGGCGUACUUUUUACAGCUUGUAUUUUUGGCUGUGGUGGAUCAAAUUCAUUUGGAGGAUUGCUCGUUGCUCGGUUCUUUCAAGGUGUUGGUGGAUCGACGUAUUCAACCAUGGUUGGUGGAGUCAUCAGUGAUAUUUAUCAUGCCGAGGACCGUAACACACCCAUGGCCUUGUUUGCUGGGGCAGCGCUCUUCGGAACAGGCCUAGCUCCUAUUUGCGCUGGCAGUAUCGUCGCGCAUACGUCCUGGCGAUGGGUUUACUGGUCCCAUGGAAUCGUCAGCGGAGUUUUUGUGAUUAUCAUGUAUAUUUUCCUAGAUGAGACGCGGGGAAGCAUUCUUCUAAGCCGCAAAGCUCGUGCCCUCAACGGAUGGUAUGAAAGCCUUGAAGAAGCUGGCCACUUUGGAGUGGUGUUUCCAUCUGAUGGGUCCUUGGAAAAACAGACAGUUCGUCGGAUUCGCUGGAAGGUGAAAGCCGAUGACGAGCGGGAGUCGCUUGUCAAGAUGAUUAGCAUCUCAUGCUAUCGGCCUUUCCAUUUACUGUUUUCCGAGCCAGUGGUAUUUUUCUUUUCCAUCUGGGUGUCUUUCAGUUGGGCAAUUUUGUACCUGCAGUUUGGAUCUAUUCCUCUGGUUUUUGAGACCAACCACGGGUUUACAGUUGAGCAGUCUGGUGCUGUCUUCGCAUCGAUGUCGGUGGGUGCUAUACUGGCUACUAUUUUGAGUAUUGCCCAGGAAAAAAUAGCAAUUCGUUUUGGUAAGAUGUCCAGCACUCCAGAAGGCCGCUUAUACUUUGCGUGUAUCGAAUCCAUCUUGAUGCCCGUAGGCCUCUUCUGGUUUGGCUGGACAUCUUUUUCAUCUAUUCCGUGGAUCUUGCCAGCAAUCGCGGUGGGAUGUGCUACGAUGGGCAUUUUCUCUAUCUAUCUGGCAGUUUUCAACUACCUCGCCGACACAUACCAUCGAUAUGCAAGCUCUGCGCUUGCAGCUCAAUCUUUCUGCCGUAAUAUGUUGGGAGGUGUUUUUCCAUUAGUCACCAAUGCCUUGUUCACCAACCUCGGAUACCCCGCAGCCUCCAGCCUUUUAGGCGGCAUUGGUGCAUUGUUGACUAUUGUGCCAUGGGUGCUUGUCUUCUUCGGGCCGAAGAUUCGUGCUCGCAGUAAAUUUGCUAGUGAAUUGGUGCAUCAACAUUGA